CUAUCAAUACAAUAAUAAAAAAAAUUAAAACUCAAUUUAUUCACUAUCAAUAUAAUAAUAAUAAAAAAAUUAAAACUCUUCCUCUUAAAAAAAUUAAAUUUCUAAAAAGUACAUUUCUAAAAAUGGAUUUUUAUUUCAGUACCAAGUACAGCAGACAAUACUUAUUCUGUUAUAUUAAUCACUCGGUGAAGGUAUUGGCUAGGGCACCACCAGUACCAGUACAAUUAGGACUGAAGAGUCGAAGUUCCAAAGGAAAUGGUGAGAAGUAGGAAGAGUCUCCACCAAGAAGAUGAUGAGGAAUUCCUUUCAAGAACCCCUGGUGACUCUUCCCAUAUAGAGGGGAAGAAUGCUGAUCAUAAGGGGAACACACAUCGCUCGAAGCAUUCGGAGACGGAGCAGCGUAGGAGGAGCAAGAUUAAUGAGAGAUUUCAAAAUUUGAGGGAUCUUAUACCUCAAAAUGAUCAGAGGAGAGAUAAAGCUUCCUUCUUGUUAGAGGUUAUACGGUAUAUUCAUCUUUUACAGGAGAAGUUAAAUAUGUACGAGGGAUCUUACCAAGGUUGGAGUCAGGAGUCCUCAAAAUUGAUGCCAUGGAAAAACAAUUGUGGGCCUGUGGAAAGUUUUCUUGAUCAAUCUGAAGUCAUAAAGAAUGGCUAUGGAAACGAGGAUAAUAUUAUUCUCACCCCAUCAAUGCUCACUAAUGCACAGUAUCCAGUAGAAUCUGACUUGAGUUCGGGUGUUGCGUACAAAGCAACAGCUCACCCCCUUGUGACCGAGGCAGUUCCAGCUAAUAUGCCAUUGCAUCCCAACUUGUUUGGGGAUGUUCCCACACAACCUCAUCCGGGAUCUGUUGCUGAUGCUGAGCUCUUGGCUGCACAGUCACAGCCCCAAUUCUGGCAGGCUAGACGUUGUACAACUGAGAAUGUUGUUCCCUAUACUCCAAAUGAACCGGAGGAGCUGAAAAUUGAGAGUGGAGAAGCUAGCAGUUCAAAUGCCUACUCUCAAGGGGUGUUGAAUACCCUGACCCAUGCACUGCAAUCUUCAGGAGUGGAUUUGUCGCAGGCCAGCAUCUCAGUGCAACUUGAUAUUGGAAAACGAGCAAAUAGUGGACUCAGUGCUACAAUGUUCUGUGCAAAGGAUCAUGAGAGUCCAUCUCCCGGCAAUCAAGCAAGGGCACAUUAUGGGGUUGGGAGCAGUGGUGAAAAAUCUGAUAAAGCUCAUAAAAGGCUUAGACCAUAACAGGGCUAGUAUGGCAUUUACUAUACCCCAUCUUCUGAUAUUUUCCUCCAUUUUACUCCUUGCUACAUUUCUCUCUCUAUAAUUUUUGUGGGGAAGAGUGCAGCGUAUUUUUGCCUUGUGAUGGUCCAUAGAUGAUACUAGUUGUUAUGUUUAUGCUCGGCUAGUAUGGCAUUUAUUAUAACCCAUCGUCCUGAUAUUUUCCCCAAAUUUGUUCCUUGCUUCAUUUCUCUCUUUACUGUUUUUGUGGUGGAGAGUGGGGUAUUUUUUCCUUGUGAUGAUCCACAGAUAAUACCAGUGUAUGUUUACGCUCGGCUAGUAUGGCGUUUAUUAUACCCCAUCUUCUGAAAUUUUCCCUCAUUUCGUUCCUUGCUACAUUUCUCUCUUUACUAUUUUUGUGGGGUAUUUUUGCUUUGUCAUGGUCCACAGGUGAUACUAGUACGUAUAUGUUUAUGUUUAUGCUCUUGCUUUGCUGGAUGCCUGAAUUCUCUUAGAUGAAGCUGUUUAUAUACUCUUCCUUCGACGGGCAAUUAUUUGUUAAGUGAAA